AUGGAGAAGGUAGGUGCUGAUGUGAGAGACAUUGGACAUGGAAGAGGAGGAGGAGGAACCAUGGAGAAGGGAGGUGCUGAUGGGAGAGACAUUGGACAUGGAAGAGGAGGAGGAGGAACCAUAGAGAAGGGAGGUGCUGAUGGGAGAGACAUUGGACUUGGAAGAGGAGGAGGAGGAACCAUGGAGAAGGGAGGUGCUGAUGGGAGAGACAUUGGACAUGGAAGAGGAGGAGGAGGAACCAUAGAGAAGGGAGGUGCUGAUGGGAGAGACAUUGGACAUGGAAGAGGAGGAGGAGGAACCAUGGAAAAGGAGGUGCUGAUGGGAGAGACAUUGGACAUGGAAGAGGAGGAAGAGGAACCAUGGAGAAGGUAG